ACGCCUCCUCAUUAUAAAAGGAGAGGGACCAAUAUUACUUUAAGGAAGGAAUAAAAAUACAAAACCCUAAACCCUCUCGUCUCUUGCUCGGCUUCCGGCCGCGGCGUUCUUCUCUCUUCCCGUAUCCCCCGUUCUCAAGCUCGGAGGCGCUUUAAGCCUCCCUUAUCUGAUACGUUUCGUAUCACUGGUGCUUUCAUUGAGUUCCAUGGAGUCCGCCACAGUUACUUCCGCUCGUUUCCAGGAAUUCCAAGAACAAAUUGAUGGGCAGAUCGCGUCUCAAACUUCGGCCAUGCAAACCCUCAACCAGGCCGUUGACAAAAUCCAGCGUCAACUGGAAGUGGUGUUGGCUUGUGACGAUAAGCGGCCAUCUUCUUCGGGCGAACCAAUCUCUCAUCGCGGUGAGCCUACCAUGGCCAAGCUCAAAUUAGACAUGCCCAAGUCCGAUGGCAGUGAUCCCUUGGAAUUCGACCAGAUUUAUUCUGGUAGAGGGGACGCAAAUCUCCCCACUCUUGAUAGUGUAUUCGAAGAUCUUGAUGAAACAAAUCUGGAUAAUCUGGACGGGGAUGAGGAGCCUACACUGCAGAGCAACGACGUUGACGUGGAGGCAGGUGAGCCCGAGACCUCUCGAGGUCCGGAUAAAGGUAAAAAAAUAUAAAUCAGAGUUAUUUGUUUAUCAUUUUGACAAAGAAACAAAAGAUGGCAUAGUUUAUGGAACUUGUAAACAUUGUGGGACCGUCAUAAAAAUGGGAGUUUCCGGCGGUUAUGGCGGUCCGGAAAAACACCUAAGGUUGAGGCAUCCCGUGGAGUUUGCCAAAUACGAGGCAAAAAAGAAGGGACGACAAGAAGUGCAAACCCAAAUUUCUCGGUUUGCUAACAGAGGUAAGGGCGGCCUUUUUGCUUAUAGCGACGAGCAAAAUAAGCAAAAAAUGGCCGAAAUGAUUUGUGAAGAAAAUUUGCCAUACAUG